AUGACAGAUAAUGUAAAGUCAGGGCAGCAGGAUGUUCCCGAUAGAAAUAUUAAACCACUAGAGCUCUUGUUGAGUCGCAGAGGACCCUUUACUUUUGAAGAAUUUACCCCAGGCAUUGAAGUUGCUCAUAACCUAACCAAGAUGAAGGUUUUGGUUAUUGGUGCUGGUGGCUUGGGGUGCGAGAUUCUUAAAAACCUGGCAUUAUCUGGUUUCCGCGAUAUUCAUGUCAUUGACUUAGAUACAAUUGACUUGUCGAACCUGAACCGCCAAUUUCUUUUCCGUAAGACUGACAUUGGAAAAUCCAAAGCCAUUGUUGCUGCCGAAUUUGUGAACAAAAGAGUCAAAGGUGUAAAAGUGACACCGUAUUUUGGCAAAAUUCAAGACAAGGACAUUAACUACUAUAUGCAGUUUCAGCUCGUAAUUUGCGGGCUAGAUAAUAUAGAGGCGCGACGAUGGAUAAAUGCGACACUGGUGAGCAUGGUAGAUGAGAAUAAUCCAGACACAUUAAAGCCCUUGAUUGAUGGUGGUACAGAGGGACUUCGUGGUCAGUCGCGUGUGAUUAUCCCUACAAUUUCUUCUUGCUUUGAGUGUUCGCUAGAUUUGCUAGGUCCACAAGUAACGUUUCCAAUUUGCACUAUUGCCAAUACACCACGGCAACCUGAGCACUGUGUUGAAUAUGCAUCGGUAAUUGAAUGGGAUAAAGCUUUUCCUGGGCAGGCAAUUGACGGAGACAAUCCGGAACAUAUUUCGUGGCUGUUCGAGACGGCGAAGCGGCGGGCCGCCGAGUUUUCAAUCACGGGCGUGACUUACGCCUUGACGCAGGGAAUUGUGAAGCACAUUAUCCCAGCAGUAGCAUCGACAAACGCUAUCAUUGCUGCGUCGUGUUGCAACGAGGCACUCAAGAUUGCAACGUCUGCAAACCAGUAUUUGAACAAUUACAUGAUGUAUGCCGGCGACUCGUCUGUGUACACAUUUACAUAUGAGUACCAUCGUAAACCGGACUGUGCAGUAUGCGGGAAUAAUCUUAAACAUAUGACAGUUCCUGGAAGCAAAACUCUUGAGGAGUUUAUCGAAAUGCUGGGGGCUCAUCCGGAUAUUAAAGCCAACAAGCCUUCGCUGCGAAGUGAGUCGAUGAGCUUGUACUUUCAGCAACCACCGCAACUUGAGGAAAUGACACGCAAGAACUUGAGUAAACGGUUGGAUGAGCUGAUACAAAACGGCGAACAGGUGACUGUAUCAGAUCGUAAUUUGCCUUUCCCUGUGAUUGUCAAGGUUCAGUUGUCAUAA